UGACCCUUUCGACACUCCAUACUUGUAGACGUAUGUAACGUACGGUCGUUAAAUACUCAUUAGCGAGCGUUAUCAUUGUUAGACGAAAAGUAUGUAUUACAGAAUCAGAUAGUGUUCAUUCAAGUGUGCUCACUUGGAUAUAUUUGUGUCGUCAUAUACACUUCUACAGCUUGGACGAAAAUGACCGAUUUGACAGAUUCCCUGACCAAAGAGGGCUGGUACCUCAGUGAUGAUGGUAUAGCAGAACUGAAAGGAUCUGCUGAGAAAAUAACACACAGUGAUAUCAUUCGUAUUGCACUUGAUAGCGAUCUCAGACCUAUUGGGAGAAAAUUUCUACCAUCUGAUAUCAAUAGUGGAAGGAUUGAGAAGUUGGAGGGUCCAUGUGUUCUCCAGGUGCAGAAGUUGAGGAACAUCUCGGCUCCUAAAGACCACGAGGAGUCCCAGGGCGCACCCAGAAUGAUGCGCCUACAAAUGACAGAUGGCCAUACCACCUGUGUUGGAUUGGAGUUUAAACAUCUGUCCAAGAUCAGUCUAAAUACCCCCCCUGGAACAAAGGUAAAGCUCCUAGGUACAAUCCAGGUUAAAAAUGGUCUUUUGCUGCUCGACGACUCUAAAAUCUCUGUCCUUGGAGGAGAGGUUGAUCACAUGGUGGAGAAAUGGGAACUGCAAAGGAGUCUGGCUAAACACAGCAGGAAUAACAUCGGAGCAGAAGGUGGACCUCCUCCUUUUGUGCCAUUUGGUCAGAAGUGUGCAAGGAAGGAGGAAGUUGACAGUAGAGAACUAGACCAGAGGAAAACCCUCCAGACUCUCAAUGUGGUCAAAAGCACUGAUGAGAAUGAUGAGUUUGAAAAGCAGCGGACAGCAGCUAUUGCUGAGGUAGCCAAGACCAAAGAGGGUCCUCGUACAUUUGGCGGUGGAGGAAAUGCAGGUAGUAAUUUAUCCAACGCUGCCUCUUCCUCCCGGAGCCGAGACUCGUACCAACAGAGGAGACGAGAGGACAGGGUUGAAAGAACUGAAAGCAGACAAGAUGGAAACUAUCGAGAGCUGGUGGAUGAACGUGCUCUGAGAGACAUCAUGGAGAUGGGCUUUAACAGAGAGGCUGCUCGGCAGGCUUUGAUGGAUAAUAACAACAACCUUGAGGUGGCACUUAACAGUCUACUUACUGGACCUACUAGUAGCAGACCCGGCCCUGUGGUAGCCGAAUCCAACAGGCCUCAGCCCAGAGCCAGGGGAAAAGGAAGAGGCAGGUCCAGAAAUGAGGAUGACGAUGAGGGAGCCGGGGGAAGGCCAUCUGGACCAAGCACUCUGUUUGACUUUCUGGAGUCCAAGAUGGGAGUUUUCUCCAUUGAUGAGCCAAAGAGCCAGGCUCCACAGAGACAUCAUGAGAGUAAAGCAAAUUUUCCCAAUUCAGACUAUUACUCCAAAGACGCAUCUCAGACAAAGUUCUCCUCGCAUAAUGACCAUAGGCAACAAAGGAAUGACAGACCACCUCGUUUCCACAGGGACACUGACUUUCCCAAACCAGGCCAGGAGCCUCUCUUUAAUUGUACAACCUCCCAAACGUCAACGCAAGCCCAGCAGUGGAAGGGCCAAGAGAGAUGGUCACGUGGAACAUCAGACAGAUCGCAAAACGACAGGAGGGAAAUGCGAGAUGAGCAGAUUUUUCCACCUUCCUUCACAACCACUUUCACACGUUCAAAAGAACCUCAGCAGCAGACGGAGUUUAGUGGAUCUUUCCACCAGCGAUCCAGAAAUGGAGAUGGAGGUGGUGGGAACAUGGCGGGACCGUCUCACAGGAGAGGGGCAAAGGACAAUGCACCCACAUCUAAACUGACCAAUUCUGCAGGCAAUGACCUGGAUGGAAGAGGAAAUAGUAAGCGCACAGACAAUAGAAUUGAAGAGCCCAACAACAGCAGGAGAAAGGGGAAGACUGACCGGCCAGAUAACCUUGACCGUCAAAGGGAUAGUGGGCCGACAAACUUUGUCUCCAGGGGAGGAAGCUCAGGAACGUCCCAGGAAGCGGGGUUAUCGCAAGAUUCUCGACUCUUGAAAGGAGAUCCCUCUCAUUUCCAAAAUGGAGAUUUGGAACACAAAAGAACUGGGCCAAUCAAGCCAACAAACUCCUUUGGUCCCGUCAACAGGGAGCCACCUCCUAAGAGGAACACUUCAAAUAAUCCAGGACCUAAAAGAAGGCCAGGACAAGGCAAAGGUCAAGGUCAAGGUCAAGGUCAAGGUCCUCGAGGGCCAGAGAGAAGUCAUAUUGUGGAACAUGCCUGGAAACCUGGAGACCAGUGCCUGGCAUUAUACUGGGAAGACAGCAAGUUCUACCAUGCCAGAAUAGAUGCUGUGCAUCCAUCAGGCUCCACGGCCGUGGUCGUUUUUUGUGAUUAUGGAAACUGCGAAGAGGUCCUGCUACAUAACAUCAAGCCUGUUGCUCCUGACGUCUUGGAGGAAGAUGAUGGUUACUACGACAGUUCACUAGAGUUUCGUCGUGGGGGAGAUGGACAGCCUAGACGCACAAGACCCACACAGCAGUAUUACCAGCCACCCAGGGCACGAGAUUGAUGUGUCUGCGUUUACACUGGCUGUGUGCUUGUCCCACAUCCUCCCACGACAGAGAUUAUGUCACUUUCUGCCACAAUCCAGAGUGCUUCCUGAACUUUCAAGCGUUCACAUCGUCAGGACAUACAGAACUUUUCAAAGGGCUUGGACCUCAUGCAAAACUAAAAAAAAACAAACAAACAAAAAAAACUGACAUUGAGCACCUGUUGUUAGGGACAUAUCUACUGUAUAUGUUGUGAAGAUUUGUUAAAUGGAUGCAUUAAAAUAAAUAUUAUAGUAUGUAGCGGA